UCCAUUGAACGAACUCAGAUCGCCAUCCCUAAAUCAAGUCCAAAAAAGAAAUAAUAAUAAAUGGCUAAAACGUCUUUUUACCAGGCUAUAACAUCUAUGAUAAAAAAAGAAAAAAGUUAUCAUUUAAAAUUAAAUCAACAUAGUAGUACCUACACAAUAUGUAGUAGUUAUUUAAAAUAAAUCGUUAGUUUUCCCUAGUUUUGUUGCUUAUUCUGCUAAUUAAUUUUCAUUUUAUGUUAGAAUCCAAAGAAAGACGUCAAAUCCCCUUGAGAUGUGUCUGCAGGGUAUAAGGGGAAGCGAAAGUGAUGCUCAAAAUAAGAUGAGGGAAAACUUUAAAAUGAUGUGGGAACAGCAUCCUAAUUUUGGAAGGAAUUCUAUCCUCUGGGAAGAAUGGUGGCGACAAGUGGUCAAGCUAACUUUACAAGAUCAUCUUCCAGUGGGUGCUGACACAAGAAGCUUAGGGAACACUUUAAUCAAUGAUUUCAAAACCUCCAAAUGUUGGGAUGUAGCGGCUGGAAGCGAUACAUUGCUGCAAAUAAUAAAAAAGAAGGGGAUAGCUAUAGGAGUGAUUUCGAAUUCAGACCCUCGUCUUUACGAUAUUCUUCAAAAUUUAGGCUUAAGUAAAUAUUUUGAUUUCAUUUUAACCUCUUAUGAUUGUGGAUUUAGUAAACCUGAUAGUAGAAUAUUUCAAGAAGCUCUUCUACGAUGUAAAGAGAUAACUAAGGCAAGUGAAUCUUUGCAUAUCGGUGAUGAUCUUGAGAAGGAUUACAUUGGUGCAAGAGAAUCUGGCUGGCAUGCAUUACUGAUAUCAAAUAAUGAAACCAAGAUACCACCAGCUAAGGAUCAUGUGUUCGCAAAUAUAGAUCUAUUAAGUAUAGCCAUUAGUCAAAAUAAACUUAAGUUAGUUUAAAUUUUGUUAUUAUAGGUUUAGUGUUGAACUAGACAUUUAAACAGCAGCAAAAAAAUUAAAUGCAGUCAAUCAUCCCCAUUUUAAUCAAAAUUUUUAGAAUGAGAGUGAUGACUGGAUAUUUUCUAGCAGCUGCUGAGACUAUAUUAAGUUUUACAAAGAAAAUAUACAUUCAUUAGAACAUACCUUUAAAAACAAAGCACCUAUAUUAAGCAAUGAAAAAUGAAUACAUUUAGAUAUGUAAGAUGAAGUGUGUUCACUGUAUUUUUUUCUUUUUCAUUUAAAAUUAUUAUAUUUUAGUAAUUUGUAAAUUAAGUUGUUAAUUAAGUAACUGUCAGAACUAAUGGAAAUCAUUCCUACCAUCAUACACCAUGAGACUUGAGGUGAAAUACUCAAUUUAAUUUAUGUAUAAAUCUCAUAUAUAGGUCUCAAUCAAUUUGUUUAAUGGCCUGCUUUUCACAUCAGAGCAUAAAAGUGCUUCAUGGUUGAAAAACAGGAUGGCACUUACCCAUGCAGGCCUAGAUUAUACCAAUUCCAUCAGUAAUUGUGUAAAUUUGUAGGUUUAAUUUUUAUUACACAACUAACUGUUACUUGCUUGUGAAGGAAAAGUGUAAAUUUUUCUUAAGAUAAUAAAACUUUCCCUUGGUAA